AAAAUAGUUGGGCAAGAGGGCCCAAAGAGAAAAAAAAUGUGGAGUGUAAUUAGCAGAAGCUCAGUGAGUAGUCUGAGUACACUUCCCUCUAUCAACAAAUUCACCUCCUUCUCAUCAAAAUCGCCCUUUCCAUCUCCCAAGCUUCUUCAUAUGGCUUCCUCUUCUUCUAACAGCAACAACAACAACAACAACAACAACAACGACGACCCAGAUAAUGCUUCUGUUUCUCCCUCUUCUGCUAUCGAUUUUCUCACUCUCUGCCACAGUCUCAAGACAACGAAAAGGGCAGGGUGGGUGAAGAAAGAUGUGCAAAACCCAGAAUCAAUUGCUGACCAUAUGUAUCGUAUGGGGUUAAUGGCUCUUAUUUCUUCCGAUAUGCCUGGUGUUAAUCGCGAUAAGUGUGUGAAGAUGGCUAUUGUACAUGAUAUGGCUGAAGCAAUUGUUGGUGAUAUUACACCUUGCGAUGGGAUUUCCAAGAUGGAAAAGAACCGUAGAGAAAGUGAAGCACUUGACCAUAUGUGCAAUCUCCUUGGUGGAGGAUCGAGAGCCAACGAAAUACAUGAUUUAUGGAUGGAGUAUGAAGAAGGCGCAUCACUCGAAGCAAAGGUUGUCAAGGAUUUCGACAAAUUGGAGAUGAUACUUCAGGCGUUAGAGUAUGAAAAAGAACAAGGGAAGGAUUUGGAGGAGUUUUUUCAGUCCACUGCUGGGAAAUUCCAGACUGAUAUCGGCAAAGCAUGGGCAUUGGAGAUAGCAUCAAGAAGAAAUAAAAACUAAGUAGAGCAGCAGCAUUUUUCAGCCUGCUUGGAGCUUUGCUUUGCAACAUCAUAAGGUCUGAUGCUUUACAUGUUCAGUUCAUUUAAAUAUCAUUAGAAGCUGGUGGUCUCAGGACAGUUGUUAUUCUGAGGAAAAUGUGCUUUGUCAACUAGUCUAUGACUAAUGCAGUAAUGCUAGCACUAAUUCAAGAGAACUCCAUCAACAUUGGUUGUUGAUUUUACGUCUUUUCUGUAUCGACAUCUUAUUUGAGAGCAUCUUAUUGACAAAAUGAAGCCCUUUGUGUACAUUCUAGUUACAGGGAAUUGAACCUCGAACACUGAGGUUGGAUUGUUGGAAGGUGCCUUUCUUUCUGUUAA